AUGUAUGUCUGUCUUCUUUUUAAUAUUGUAGGUUUCCAUUUAAUUACACAGCUUAAAGGCAUGAGUGUGGUGCUGGUGCUACUCCCUACACUGCUUCUUGUUAUGCUCACGGGCGCUCAGAGAGCUUGUCCAAAGAACUGCAGAUGUGAUGGCAAAAUUGUGUACUGUGAGUCUCAUGCUUUUGCAGAUAUCCCUGAGAACAUUUCUGGAGGGUCACAAGGCUUAUCAUUAAGGUUCAACAGCAUUCAGAAACUCAAAUCCAAUCAGUUUGCUGGCCUUAACCAGCUUAUAUGGCUCUAUCUUGACCAUAAUUACAUUAGCUCAGUGGAUGAAGAUGCAUUUCAGGGGAUCCGUAGACUGAAAGAAUUAAUUCUAAGCUCCAACAAAAUUACCUAUCUGCACAAUAAAACAUUUCACCCAGUUCCCAAUCUCCGCAAUCUGGACCUCUCCUACAAUAAGCUUCAGUCACUGCAAUCAGAACAAUUUAAGGGCCUUCGGAAACUCAUCAUUUUGCACUUGAGAUCUAACUCACUAAAGACUGUGCCGAUAAGAGUUUUUCAAGACUGUCGUAAUCUUGACUUUCUGGAUUUGGGUUAUAAUCGUCUUCGAAGCUUGUCCCGAAAUGCGUUUGCUGGCCUCCUGAAGUUAAAGGAGCUCCACUUGGAGCACAAUCAGUUUUCCAAGAUCAACUUCGCUCAUUUUCCACGUCUCUUCAAUCUCCGCUCAAUUUACUUACAGUGGAACAGGAUUCGCUCCAUUAGCCAAGGCUUGACAUGGACUUGGAGUUCCUUACAUAACUUGGAUUUAUCAGGAAAUGACAUCCAAGGAAUUGAGCCGGGUACGUUUAAAUGCCUCCCCAAUUUGCAAAAAUUGAAUUUGGAUUCUAACAAGCUCACCAAUAUCUCACAGGAAACUGUCAAUGCAUGGAUAUCAUUAAUAUCCAUCACCUUGUCUGGAAAUAUGUGGGAAUGCAGUCGGAGCAUUUGUCCUCUUUAUUAUUGGCUUAAGAAUUUCAAAGGAAAUAAGGAAAGCACCAUGAUAUGUGCAGGACCUAAGCACAUCCAGGGUGAAAAGGUUAGUGAUGCUGUGGAAACAUAUAGUAUCUGUUCUGAAGUCCAGGUGGUCAACACGGAGAGAUCACACCUGGUCCCCCAAACUCCACAGAAGCCUCUGAUUAUCCCUAAACCUACCAUCUUCAAACCUGAUGCCAUCCAACCCACCCUUGAAAUACCAAGCCCUUCUCCAGGGUUUCAGAUGCCGGGCACAGAGCAAGAUUAUGAGCAUGUUUCAUUUCACAAAAUUAUUGCUGGGAGUGUGGCUCUCUUUGUCUCUGUGGCCAUGAUCCUCUUGGUAAUCUAUGUGUCUUGGAAACGCUACCCAGCAAGCAUGAAACAACUCCAGCAGCACUCUCUUAUGAAGAGGAGGCGGAAAAAGGCCAGAGAGUCUGAAAGACAAAUGAAUUCCCCUUUACAGGAGUAUUAUGUGGACUACAAGCCUACAAACUCUGAGACCAUGGAUAUAUCGGUUAAUGGAUCUGGGCCCUGCACAUAUACCAUCUCUGGUUCCAGGGAAUGUGAGAUGCCACAUCACAUGAAGCCCUUGCCGUAUUACAGCUACGACCAGCCUGUGAUCGGGUACUGCCAGGCUCACCAGCCGCUCCACGUCAACAAAGGCUACGAGACCGUGUCCCCCGAGCAGGACGAAAGCCCCAGCCUGGAGCUCGGGCGAGACCGCAGCUUCAUUGCUACCAUCGCCAGGUCGGCAGCACCGGCCAUAUACCUUGAGAGAAUAACAAACUAA